AUGGUUCUAGACAGACCAACGAACGACUCAGAAAGGCUCCGUGCAUUGGAAGAGGAUGUAGGAAAUGACAUUCAUGAUGUUAUCUCUCCGCGCAGCAGCAGUGGAGCUAGGACUGCCGCCUUGAAACGAAUGGAGGUUCUCAUUGGUAGCGCAUGCGUCCAAUUCACCAGCCAAACUCCUGCAUCUGGGAAUGUAGAAGAUUUACAUGAGCUCAUGCGGCUGCAAGAUGGCUUCGAAUGCAACCUUCCUUCCAAGCUUCUUCCGUGGAUCUCAUUGUCUUCACCGAAACUAGAAUACCUAUCCCAAUCCAGCAAGAAUUCAGGGAUUGGAACGGAUGGUCUAAAUCUGGACAAGGACGAUGAUUACUCUGCCCUGAAAGAACUCACCACGCAAUUGUGUCUCUCCCUCUCAAUCGUUCAGGGAGUUGCCUUGAACCACCCACGAAGCAAAAGGUGGUUAGGGAAAAUCAAAUCGUUGGAGAUACUUGUCGACCUCUUACUUGCAUCAAGACAUGUGCCAUCGAGUAUAGACAGCCCAGCUUCUUCGUCAACCUCGUCUAAGCGUGGCGUAACACCUCCUUCUCUUACAUCUGCAAUUCUGGAUACUAUGUUGUGCAUAUUGGUCGAUUCUACUCCUGCUCUUCGGGCUUUCGAGGAGUGUAACGGAGUACAGGCAAUUGUCAAGAUACUAAAAAGAGCAGGAAGUCCCAGGGAAGUCCGGAUGAAGUGCUUGGAAUUCUUGUAUUUUUACCUGCUUGACGAAACGAAACCGUCCAUUCCCACAACCUCUAUGUCUACCGGUGGGUCAACGCUGAUCGACUCGGUCCAGACAGUUCCGAAUACGCCUUCGCAACAACAUGGUUCGGAUACGCGAUCUCAUCUAGGAUCUCGCGCAUCCAACUUAUCUCAAAGUUCGCUCUUCUCUCCGACAGUGCCUAAUACGCCUCGUGAGAACACGCAUUCAAGACAAAAUUCUCGAUCAAUAAUACGCGGUGCCUCUAACUCAUCCAUCUCUUCCACGACAUCCUCAUCAUCGACCUCGUCAGUAGGGUCUGGCUCCACAGCCCCGCGAGCUCAAUCAAAGAAACCUUAUUUGAAUGGGCUCGCAGCUCCCAUCAGACCUUCACCGAAACCAAGAUCGGAGUAUGGUUCUUCAACUUUUUCUUUUCCACAUUCGUCUUAUUCAGGUCCGAGUGUUAGGUCCGAAGCGGCGAGUGAGAAGGGCUAUAUCACCGAGAGCUCCCCGAGCUCUCGGUCAAACUCCAAUCACCUAAACCAAGCUGCAUUAGGGCGUCAGGUUGUAUCGGACGCCGAGGGAAAGACUCUCCGUUCGGUUUCCUCAGGCUCUACGAAGUCGUUUACUUCUACAUCUUCCACUACAUCAGCUGCCUCAGCUACUUCUUCAGCGACCACCGCUCCCGGAUCCGCGGAAUGUUCGCCUAAGAAGCCCUCAGGCGGGUUACCAUUGCUUCCCACUAUACCAUCCGGGACGGUUUUCAAGACCCCUCCUGGGUCUCCGGAGAUGGAAUUUGCUGCGCCGCCCAGGCUACAUUCUCGAACUAGUAGAGAUACAAGGACUCCUUCUGCGCCUCGAACUCCUGCCAUUACUAGUCUAUCAUCAAAGACGCCUUCUGGGCCACCCAGAACGCCUGCAUACAAGUCUUCUCAUCACGGGGUUCUCCGAAGUGAGGGCAAACAAUUAUUUCCCAGUGGUGCCUCCGGAGGACAAGCUCGCUCCUUAAUGAUGCUCGCGAAGGAUGUUGACUUUGUUCCACAGAGUCCGCAGAAGAUGCAGACAUUCCGGAGGGAUAAUGAUCCUGCAAGUGCUGCUCCGAGUCCAAGUGUCGGGGUGAGCGUAGGGACUGUUACUGGGAUGGGAGGAAGGAGGACGAGAACUCAUUCGAGGACGAGGUCUGCUUUUGCACUAGGCGCAACUUCGACGAGAAUUUCUUCACGGGCGAGCUCUAGGGAACGUGGUCAUUCCAGAGCUAGGUCUGUCGGGAGGGCGGAGCCUGAAUUGUCUCAGGAGCCAAAUCAGCAAGUGGAAAUGCGAGAUACAGAUUAUGCUACUCCUGCUCCUGCAAUGACAGGAAUAUCGUUAUCACAAAGGAACACGACGGCGGAAGUUAGCAAGGAGGGGCUUCGUAUGGACAUUCGUGCUCGGACUACAGAGGAGAAGAAAGAACUAUUAGGAACGAUGUUAGGGAAUGUCGAUGCAUUGGUGGAAGGGGUACGGAAAGCUGGCAUCUGGGGCUUGGGCUAA